AUGAAAAGAGUAGCCUUGAGAGCCCAACGUGGCUCAAGGGCGCAAGGCCCUGUCUGCCAAUUCUGUCAACUCUCGUCCGCGACACCGCAACGCCUUCCCCUCGCUCGGCUUCCCACUACGACCCAAAGUCGACCCUCGAACAAUAACCCUGCGCUACAGUUGCCAAGAACAAAUAUUCGAUCCCCGUUAUCCUACCCGCUUCUCAGUUCGCGGACCUUGGCAUCGGAGUCUGUCAAUGUCGGGUCAGCUAUCCGACAAAUCGAAGAGGAUGCAUCAGCUUUACAACAGUCAGACCAAGUCCCUUCCAACGAAGCCGUGGUGGAACUACUUGAGAAAUGCCAGAAGAUCGCCGAGUCCUUAGCAUCGCGAGAGAACGACAAACCCGAGAGUUCCGCAAAUGAUGAAGGAAAUGCGACCUCAUCGCUACUUGACAUGGAGGAGAAAAGCACCAAGCCCACGCAGCAAACCAAAUCGUCACCCAACCUAGAUCCCCGAUUGGCCGACAAGAUCUCCCGUAUCAUAACCGAUCUUUUGAAGGACGAGAAGGUGUUCAUCACCCCGGAAGCCCUGGAAAGCUACACGAAGACACAAACCCUCUUGGAGCGAGCAGAGCACUUUCCGGAGAUCUUCCACAUGUACGCCAAUAAACCUGUUCCAGAGGAAGGUAGUUCGCCAGUCAAGUACCUCAAGCCGAAUCCUAAGAGCAUUAACAGUGCUGUCCCCGCUGAUCUGGCCAAUAUGGCUCUGAAUGUGGCUAUUGCGCAGAAGAACCUCUCGCUGGUUCUGGCGAUCAUCGAUAAUACCUUCUGUGCGCCUGCUUUCCACCGUGCGAAGGUCUUCAAAAAAGCCAGUGUUCCGUUGGCUGGCUUAGCUGUGGCCCCUGCUGCAUGCUAUGCCCUUGCUACAUGGGCAGCCACUUUCCAGCAUACUAUGGAUCCUAGCACCGCGACUGGAAUUGCUUUUGCUGCUUCCCUGGCUUACGUUGGUGGUACAUCGUCUCUUGGAAUUAUGGCUAUCACUACAGCCAAUGAUCAGAUGGAGCGUGUGGUCUGGCUGUCUGGAAUCCCGUUGCGGCAGCGAUGGCUGCGUGAAGAAGAGCGGGCGGCCAUGGAUAGGGUUGCGGUGGCCUGGGGUUUUAAGGACCCCUAUAUGCGUGGCGAAGAAGUUGGCGAGGAGUGGGAGAGUCUACGCGAGUUUAUUGGCAUGCGCGGCAUGGUUCUGGAUAAGACAGAGUUGAUGGCGGGCAUGCAAUAA